UCCUUAAUGUCACCAUUCCAAUGAUUACUGGGUUUAAUUCAUGAGUUGGACUUUUCCUCAUUCCAAUGACAUCAUAAAACUGUAGAAGAGGCCCUCUAUACAUCUAAAGUGUUCCUUAUCUGGAAACUAUGGCAAACAUUGGGAACCCAAGCUUUUCCUUGCCACAGAAAUUUGUAAGCUCUUUGGGCGUCUUCCUCUUUCCUACUGCUAAUGGUUAUUCAUGCGUCUAGGGUAUCAGGAAAGGGUUAUCCCACAGCACAGCACACACACACACACACACGCGCACACACACGCACACACACACUGUGCAAUUUUCUUGUUGGAGCUUCCAACUCUAUUUAUUCCUGUACCCUUCAUGGCAUGGUGGGGGGGAAUGGGGCAAACGUUAUGAAAGGUGGACAAAGCUAUCAAGGAUGUUGAUGAUAUUUGCCAUUUUGUUUCAUGACCAGUUUGAAGAACGGAGUAUAUAGCUGCUGCAGUUUAUUAUUGUACCAGCCCCCUUUUUACUGGAUCGAAACUAGCUUCAGGGCCUACAUUAUUAUUGGCCUGAGUCCCCUUACACUUCCCUUCUCUCUCUCUCUCUGACUGUGUAUGUCACAGAUCCUGACGACAGGAGCUGACAAACUGUGCGCCAUGUGGGACAUGGAGUACCACGAACCAGUCAAGACAUUCCAGGGUCACACUUCAGAUAUCCUUGGGUUGGCUCUGAAUCCAAAGGAUCCAUUCACUGUGUUUGCCACUGCAAGUAGUGAUCGCACUGCGUGUAUCUGGGACAGUCGCUCCGGGCAGUGUGUGAUGAGGUUCGAAGGUCACGAGGGAGAGGUCAACUCCGUGAGGUUCUUCCCCACUGGAGAGGCCAUUGGGACCGCCUGCAAUGACGGAACUAUCAGACUGUUUGACCUGCGAGCUGAUCAGGAGAUCAAGUUCUACACCAAGACUGGCAUCAUAUUCGGGUGCUCUGCCCUGGACUUCUCCAAGAGUGGUCGCAUAUUGUUUGGUGGAUAUGAUGACUAUGCCAUUCGAGUCUGGGAUGUCAUCAAGGGAACCCAUAUCGCCAUGUGGCUGAACCACACAGACAGAGUUAGUAACGUGGCUCUGUCUCCAGACGGUACUGCACUGGGCUCCUGCAGCUGGGACGGAACCUUGAAGAUAUGGGCAUAAUUUUUUCAAGACUGUUUUUUAGAUCUGUGUGGUAUGAUUUUUUAGCAUUAUUGUGUGAAUCACUUUGUUCAUCUUGCUAUGUGAAGCAUGAACGCGCGCGCCUUAAUAAGCGCUCUACAAGCCCCUCCCCCUAAUUUGCAUGCUUUAGCGCGCAUCCUUGUCUUGAGGCGAGAAGACACAGAAGUCGGCGAUAUGAACGCGGCGGGGCGGGCAGCAGUAGGGGCCGCAGCAGCUGUGGUGAUGGACAUCACCAGCAGCACGUGCAGGGCCGGGUUCGCAGGCGGAGACGGGCCCGCAACCACGUUCCCUUGCAUCGUAGGUCGCCGCCGGGGGGACCCCGAUACGGUGUUCAUCGGUGAAGAGGCUCUGAAACGACGUACAGAAGAGCCGUCAGUGAGUGGAAAGUAUCCGGUGGAGAGUGGAACCAUUCUCAACUGGGACGAUAUGGAAGAGAUUUGGCGGUACAUCUAUGACAGUGAGCUGGGUGUCAAAUCGGAGGAUCACCCUCUAUUGAUCUCCGAGGCCGGGAAUCCAAGAAUCAACAGAGAGAAGAUGACACAAGUCAUGUUCGAGACAUUCAAAGUCCCAUCGCUCUACAUCGCCAAAAGGGCUGGGCUGAUCCUCUUUGCAUCCGGUUGCACCUCUGGCUUCAACUUACACUGCGGGAGCCAUGUCUCCUACUGUAACGCCGUAUACGACGGACACACUAUUCCCCACGCCUUCAAAUUUUCAUUUAUCGGUGGCAGGGAACUGACCUACUUCCUAAUGAAGGGGCUACACGAGAGGGGCUACUCUUUGCCGAAAUCAUUCGAGUUUGAGACUGUCCGUGACAUCAAAGAGAAGCUCUGCUACGUGGCGCUGGACUUCAAGCAGGAGAUGCAGACCGCGGCCUCCAGCUCCAGCCUGGAGAAGAGCUACGAGCUCCCCGGCGGACAGGUCAUCACCAUCGGGAACGAGCGGUUCAGGUGCCCCGAGGCCCUCUUUCGACCGAAUCUCCUCGGCAAUGAUGAUUAUGACAGUAGACCCACUCUAGGCGUACAGGAGAUCACCCAUGAUUCACUCAUGAAGUACAAUGAAGAGGAAAUGAGUAAAAUUAUUGUGGUGUCAGGAGGCUCGACCCUUUUCCCGGGAUUUUCUGACAGACUGAGAAAAGAGCUGACGGCUCUGGUUCCACCGCGGAUGCGACUCAAACUUAUUUCUCCACCUCAUGGUGGUAGCUCUGCAUGGAUCGGUGGGUCUAUGCUGGCCUCUCUAUCGACUUUUCCACAGAUGGUGAUAUCCAGGGACGAGUACGAAGAAUUUGGUCCUGCAAUUGUGAACCGCAAAUGCUUCUGAUCGUCGCUAUUAUAAUACCGUGUGUGCGACUCAUUG